GAGCUUGUUGCUAUGGUGAGGGAAAACUUCUUUAGGAGGAGCUUCUGUGUUCUUUCAUCAGCCCGCGCUGCUUUUCCCCGGCCGGGGACACUUUCAAACUUCCACGAGUCCUCCUCGCUGAGCCGUCGCCGGUUCCCGCGGAGACUUUGGGAUUAACGGCGCAGCCGGAAGCGGGAUGGAGCGGUCCCGUUAGAAGUUCAAAUCUCAGCCCUACCGCUCCGGUUCUCCCGCUGCGCUUAGCUGAGCUGAGGAUAUGGGUUGCGGCUUACGGAAACUAGAGGAUCCGGAGGACAGCAGUCCCGGAAAGAUCUACUCCACCCUGAAGAGACCUCAGGUGGAGAGCAGGACGGACGCCGUGUAUGAGUACGUGCUGCUGGACUUCAGCCUGGAAGGUAGCCGUCCCACGGUCCAGUAUGUGUCUUCGCUCUCCGAGCUCCCUCAGGCGCUACAGUCCUACUACACUCAGGGCUUCGUUUUGACUGCCCUCCAUCCCAUCAUCCUGUCUGUGGGCCGAACCCGGUCGCUUCCAUUCAGCCUGCUCUACCGCGCCAUCUUGGCCCGUCCCAAACUUAGCUGUCAGGUGGGGUCCUUGUGCCCCAGCAUGCCCAGGCUGAAGGUGGAGGAGUGGCCUUUACCAGGAGACUCGCUGACCAGUGACACCGUGCGGGCGCUCAUUGACAGGGUGAACAGCAGUGCUCGUGGAGGCGUUCGGUUCAUCGGCUCCGUCCUGCAGCAGGUGAGCGGCAUCACCAACGGGAGGUUGAACAGUCCAAACCGGAGCCCGCGGUCCCCGUCACACACACCCCCCCAAACCCCCACUGGAGACGGGGAGCCAGAGGACAACACCUACAGUCCUGACCUGAGACUACUGGUCUUCUUCCAUUCCUGGGCUCCAGGCUGUGCUCCUCUAGACUCACUGGCUUGUCAGUACCAUCAGGGGGCGCUCUCCAUGCGAAUUUCCAGAAAAGGCCAUGUGGUUAGCGCCUUGGAGGCUGAUUGGCUGGAGCUGACUGCUACUUACUACUGCAAAGGCUGGUCUCUGGUGGACUCCUUCGUGUACUGGGACACACCUAAAGGUGAGCCGGCGCUUCGGUCGCUGGAGGGACUGUUUGUUUAUGAGGAGAGAAGCACCUCGACGCCAGCUAAUGAUGCCAUAAUUGUGGAGCAGUGGACCGUCAUUGAGGGCUCCAGCGUAAAAACAGAUUACGGGCCCCUUCUUCACACUCUGGCCGAGUUCGGCUGGCUGCUCACCUGCGUGCUGCCUACGCCCAUCAUCCGGCAUGACAGUGAUGGGAAUCUGGCCACAAAGCAGGUCGUGUUCCUGCAGAGGCCAGUCCGAGGUGCAGCGGCCAAACACCCGAGGAACCAAUCGGCGUUGGAUCACACCUCGAGUCGCUCUGUGACUCAUGCGGUCAGCAGCCCCACCCCCACAGAUGACCUCUCUCCUGCCGCGGGAAGCAUCGAUGGUUUCCCGGUGUUCGGAGGCGGGUACCCCAGCUCCCUGUCCCACCUGGAUGAAGGCGGCUUUGAGCAAGAGGAGGGGAAGGCAGAGGUCACCUGCAUGUGAGCAGAACACCAGACUCUCAGCUCCUCCCUCAGAAGCUUCAUCAGCACUUUUCUGAUGAAGCUUUGUUUGGAUCCACCUUUGAGCAGGUGCUCGUGGGACAGUGUUUCAGCCUUCCACACAAAAGGAAGCUGAACGGAUGUUCUGCCACCCAAUCACCAGUUGCCUUUCGGUAUUGGUCACAUUGGUGCCACUUUCAGCAUUACGAUUACGUUCACCACCGUGGGUCCCACACGGUCCGCUGCAGAACACUGCCAGGUGGAACCACGGCCCAUCAACCAUGAGCAUGGAUGACAACUUAACAGACGUUCUGCUUAGUUCUCCAUUUCAGCCCAACUUUAACGGUUCCAGCAAAUGCAGUCAGCUGUGUUCUGGUGCAGAAAGAGCAGACGGCUCAUUAGAUGCAGCCUACAUGAUGCAUUAUGGUUGCAACAAUGAGAUCUGUGGUUCUGCACAUUCCAAGCAUCUCCAUGGAGCACUCAGUCUAUCUGAAGGGAUGAAGAUCGAGGCCGUUUUAGCACCAAUACCUAGUUUUCCCCUGGGAGAUACGUGUAUUUAUGAUGUCACUGGACAGAUUUGAUCACAGUAAAAGUGUGUUUGUUGAUUUGUACUCUGAUUAAUAAACAAAUAUACAUGUA